CAAGAGUGUCAAGUCAAUGUCAAUUUCUCCUACGCAUUUCUGAAUAACUUAGCGGUGCGGUUGAGAAACUUAUGCGAUAAAAAAUGUCGAUAUUAGCAAGUCCUCUAUCCGUAGCGGGUUCCAGAACCACCGGCGCCUCAGUUCGCACUCAAAACGUGAUGGCCGCCUCUACCAUAGCCAACGUAGUGAAGAGCUCCCUGGGCCCCGUCGGCCUCGACAAGAUGCUCGUCGACGACAUCGGCGACGUCACGGUGACCAACGACGGCGCCACCAUUUUGCGGCUGCUCGAAGUCGAACAUCCCGCCGCCAGGGUGCUGGUCGAACUGGCCCAAUUGCAGGACGAGGAAGUCGGCGACGGCACCACCUCCGUCGUCAUCAUUGCCGCGGAACUACUCAAAAACGCCGAUGAACUAGUAAAACAAAAAAUCCACCCUACAUCGAUUAUAAGCGGAUACAGGUUGGCUUGUAAGGAAGCUUGCCGAUACAUACAAGACCACUUGACUAUACCCGUGGAGGAAUUGGGCAAGGAAUCCAUCGUGAACGUCGCCAAGACAUCGAUGAGCUCCAAAAUCAUAGGAGCUGACGCGGAUUUCUUCUCGCAAAUGGUUGUCGACGCGGCGACCGCCGUCAAAGUGACGGACGCCAAAGGCAACUCGAUGUACCCCAUUAAGGCGGUGAACGUGUUAAAAGCGCACGGCAAAAGCGCCCGCGAGAGCUUCCUGGUGGCCGGAUACGCCUUGAACUGCACCGUCGCCAGCCAGGCCAUGCCCAAGAGGAUCGUCAACGCCAAAAUCGCCUGUCUGGAUUUCUCGCUGCAAAAGGCCAAAAUGAAGAUGGGCGUGCAAGUGCUGAUCACCGACCCUGGUCAAUUGGAGGGCGUGCGCGCCCGCGAGCUCGACAUCACCAAGGAGCGCAUCCAGAAGAUCCUCGCCACCGGCGUCAACGUGGUGCUGCUCUCCGGCGGCAUCGACGACGUCUGUCUGAAGUACUUCGUCGAGCGCGGCGCCAUGGCCGUGCGUCGCGUCAAGAAGGCCGAUCUGAAGCGCAUCGCCAAGGCGACGGGGGCGUCGUUCGUGACGUCGUUGAGCAACAUGGAGGGCGACGAGACGUUCGACGCCAAUAUGGUGGGCGAGGCGGCGGAGGUGGUGCAGGAGAGGAUAUCCGACGAUGAGUUGAUCGUUAUCAAAGGUCCGAAAGCCCGAACGGCCGCCUCGAUAAUCCUGCGCGGCCCGAACGAUUUCUACUGCGACGAGAUGGAGCGCUCCGUCCACGACGCCCUCUCGGUGGUGAAGCGCGUGCUCGAAUCGAAGAGCGUCGUGGCGGGCGGCGGCAGCGUCGAGGCCGCCCUCUCGAUCUACCUCGAGAACUUCGCGACGACGUUGAGCUCGCGCGAGCAACUCGCCAUCGCCGAAUUCGCCCGCAGCCUGCUGGUCAUACCGAAGACGUUGGCCGUGAACGCCGCCCAGGACGCCACCGAUUUGGUGGCGAAGCUGAGGGCUUACCAGAAUUCCAGCCAGACCAAGAAGGAUCACGCGCAUUUGAAGUACGUCGGAUUGGAUCUGCUCGAAGGUACUGUGAGAGAUAAUAGGAAGGCGGGCGUGCUGGAGCCGACUAUGUCUAAGGUGAAAUCGUUGAAAUUCGCGACGGAGGCGGCGAUAACUAUACUCAGAAUCGACGAUAUGAUCAAAUUGGACGCGGAGCAGAAGGGCGGAAAGAGCUACCACGAUGCUAUGGAUAGCGGUGAAUUGUACGAUUAGAGCGAAAAUCGUAUGGUGUAUUACUACUAAUUUAUAUACUAAUUAAAUUUGAGCUUUUCGAUUAGAGAGAUUAUUUUUCGCUUCGAAUCGUUGCGAUACGAUGCGUUGAAGAAAUUGUCUCGAUUUAAAUGUUAACGGUUUUUUUUUAAUAAACAAUAUUAAAAAUUGC